GAAAUUUAUAUUGUACGUGCAGUCAAAAUAGAAGAGGAUUCAUCAACGUCCAGCUUUUAGUUAUACGAUUUACAUUCCAUUUCCAUAGACAUCAAAACGUUCUUUAGCAAAAUAGAGUGAUCCAGAAAGAUCGGCCAAACCUAACGAGGACAAAUUCAACUAACGGAACGUAAAAGUUUACAGUACAGUACUACAAGUUAAAAGGGCUGUAUAACGCAUUUAUUCGUACUGUAUGGAAUCCGGAGUAUCAUAACAACCAGAUAGGGAAAGUGAUUUACUUGUAAACGAAGACAAUAUGGAAUCACUUAAGUGCAAGAGUUUAUCAAAUCGGACAGAGAAGCCAAUUGUGUUCGCAAACGAAGCCGAACUGGAUGAAAUCAUAUUAAGCGUGUAUCAGAAAGAGGAUAAGGAUACCACCAUAGAUAUAAGCUGCGAUAGUACCAGAACACUCGUAGGUACAGAUAAACUAACCUGUUUGCAAAUAGGACCCGAUCUAGUCGAUUGGAGACCAACCCCUAUGCCAGUAUGCGUCCGAAAGGUGGAAUCUGACGUGACAGCUAAUAUGACAUUAACCCAGACGCAGCAGAUAAUCAUAGGUAGUGUCAUAGGAGGAUUCUUCUUAUUGGCUUUACUCAUCGGAGUCCCGCUUUUGUAUAGGCAUCGCCGGCGUUUGAAAGAAAAAGCAAAAGGAACCGCAAGAAAUAAAAGGGAUCAGAAUCAACCGGAAGUCGAACCGAAUGUGGUAGAAUAUGUACGAUCUAAACCAACAUCAUACGAUAACGCUAUUGAACCAGAAUUGGAUGCAAGUGAGAUGGUACGGGUUCCGGAACCACCCCAAUCCACCAUUCAGUACACAGAGGCACCGAUGCAACUGGUACAGGCGCCGUCACAAAUGGAAGUCGUGCAGCCACAAAUGGAAAUUAUACAACCUGUACAAAUGGUACAGGCCCAACCUCAAAUAGUCCAGGAUCAGGUGUACCAAGAGCCUAUGCAAAUUGUCCAAGAGCCGUCUCAAAUGGUAUUCGAACAGCCAGUGAAUGUCAUUCAGACGUCAGUAGAUAUGUCCCGACACUCUAGCUCAUUAUUUGAAGCACCAAUAUACGAACAUCUAUACGAACAAGUACCGAGUCUGAUACAAACACCGUUGCCAGUGGGAAGCCUAGUUGAAGCACCGUUGAGUUAUGUACAAACCCCGGUGUCUGAAAGAAGUUUCCAAUCACAAAUGGUGGUCCCGGUGAUGUUACCCGAAGCCCAAUACGGAAGAGAUGAGAACCAUCUCGGCUCGUUGGACAGAGGUCAAAGGAAACAACGGGUGCUCACACAACAGAACCAUGGCAGGGCCGCCCUAGGAUCGCUUGAUCGCAGGGGACAAAAUGGCUGGCGUAUUGUUGAAGCUCCUUUGAGAACAAGAACAAACCAGAGGUAUCUGGCGAGGUCACACUCCUACCAACCAACGAGUAGAGUUGUCGGGAUAGAAGAAAUUAGGGACGAUGGGUAUGACGUUGGAAGGAGGGGUCAUCGGUUGUACAGAUAAUGAUCGUAUCUACCAAUCGAGAUACAUUCAUGUACAUGCUAAUCGAGCUACCAUUUGCAAGACUUUACACUUUCUACGACAUAACAUUAUCAGCCAGAAUACUUCUACCUAACAGGGGAAUACCCCGUUGACACAAGACCAUCUAGGAAUUCUGGGUAUUUCUGUUUCUUCUACCCAGAGUGCAGUCAAGUGGUCAUACAUGACCAGACAUGGUCAAUCAUAUCUGUUAUUAGUGAUCACAAUUACAUUAAAGAUGGUACAGAUGUAGAUACCAUAAAAUAUAUUCAAACAUACAUGAUGUAAACACCCUCUGCAGACGAUGCUACACAAAAAAAGAUAGAUGCGGAUUUUUGCACGCACGGUGCGAAUUUAACGGCUAUUUAACAAUUUUAGCAAAAUGUUUAUUAGCAUACAAUUCCCAUGGUAGAUUCCGGGAGAUGGUACUCUGCUAUAAAUAUUUAGAAACAACAGUA